AUGACAACGUCGGGACCGGAGCAGAAAGCCCAGCAGCGGGCCCGGGCCAGGCUCCGGCUGGAGGCGGCUCGGUUCGGGGGUCGCUACGCGGCGCUGGUGUCCCUGUGUGUCCUGUGCUACAGCAACUCUCUCCACGGGGAGCUGGUCCACGACGACGUGUGGGCUAUCGUGAACAACCCGGACGUUCGGCCCGGUUCCAGCCUCCGGAACAUCUUCACCAACGACUUCUGGGGCAAGAGGAUGGCGGACAACACGAGCCACAAGUCCUACCGCCCGCUGAGCAUCCUCACCUUCAGGUUGAACGUCCUGCUGGGUGGUAUGACACCUCUCUACUUCCACGUGGUCAACGUGUGUUUGCACUGCACUGUUACCUGCCUGCUCAUGUACACAUGUGAAUACUGCGUGUUCGAAAGCUCAAGCUUGGCCUUUGUUGCCGCGCUGCUUUUUGCUGUGCACCCCGUCCACACAGAGGCGGUAUCUGGUAUCAUUAAAGGAAUGAUGAGGUCUUUUGGAUGA